AUGCUGAUAAGUUUAAAAGGUCCUAAUUUGCAUUUUGUUUCAUUUCGCAUUUGUUCAUCGUGUGCCGUGCAUUGUAAAACGCGCGCUUCCAAACCGAAUGACAAGGGUCGGAACAGAGGACUGUCAGGCCGAGACUCAACUUAUUCCAGCCAAUCGUCCAUCGGCCCGACCAUCAACCGUUUCGACCGUCUCAGCCUCCGGACGCCCGGUUGUCAGUCCUCCUCACCACCGACGGCCAGUCAACGCGGCGAGGAGACUGCCAUUUCUGUUGACAGCAAGUCAGAGACAAACGCUGCUUUCUGCAGUGCACCGUCCAGCCUGACACGUUCCGGGGCACUCCGGUUGAACGCUUCGUACCAGAAUUCGCCUCCGUCAAGGUACAGAUCGAGUCGGCGCCGACCUGACAACAGGUGGGCCCCCUCGGACAACGGAGGCAGACAGAUUGCGGGCCGCUCCACUUUCGAGGAUUUGCCCGAUUUUGCCCGGUCCACCAACCAGGAGGGCUGGUCGAACCUCCAUUGUGACACUCUACGAGGCAGCAGUCGUGACUUCGGCAUUCCAGAAAGCGAGUUUGGCGUCAACAAUCCGUGGAUGAGCCGGUCAUUGAGUCAUUUGAACGGCUUCACUCCUGACAGACAUCGGACGCCAAGGCAACUCGACCUUCCACGUGAUAGAUCCUUCCAAUUGCCCUCAGGAGGACUGACGAGCCACAAGGACAGGCGUGUCUGGCCGACCUGGGGCGUGCACCCCGGCGGUUCCCCGGUUGCUGGGCCCCUCGGCCUGCCUUCGACAGGGUCGAACUGGUCUCGACCAGACCCGGCCAGGAUUGGGCCUUUC